AUAAUCCGCCGUUUACCGUUUCUGGCCUUACAUGGCUGCGCUACACGUGACGUUGUGGUACCAGUGUGUAUGUUGCUGUGCUGUUCUGGAAAGACGCAAGAAUUGGGUUUAAGAACGAUUAAGGGACAGCAGGAAAAAGGUCAAUCGGAAGUGUGUGUCCACCCGGAAGUGUGCGCAUGCGCGGGCUUGAGGCGUUUGCAGUUACUGUUGUUGAGGCGUGAUGUCAGUUUGGUUCUAGCCUCCAUCCUCUGAGAGACGCUUCCUGCGCUGCCAUCAUUGACCUGGGAAGAUGGAGUCCGACAAGUCGCUGCUCUCUGCAGAGCUGAACGCAGACAUGGAGGAAGAUCUGUAUGAACAGAUGCUGAUGAAGGCAAAAGAAGAAAUACAAAGCCGAUUGCCAAACACACCAGAAACAAGGCAGAUAAGACCCCAGCCUGGUUUCUGCAUUAAAACUCGCACUUCCAAAAAUGCCAAAAUUUUUAUUAACAUCUGCAAGUCAAACCAGAUCCCAGCACCCCCAGACCUGACUGAGCAGGAGUUAGUCAAGAUCCUGGAAUCUGAUGAUCCCUCUGAGUAUCGAGUCCCCAUGAGCCUCGGAGAGCCCCACGUUGAAGUUGAUAACAGUGGAAGCGGCUGCACGGCUUAUGACAUAGUGAUAAACAGCGCAUUCUUUGAGAAAAUUACGAGUAACGAGCUCUUCAGGGAGUUCUUCAUUACUGUGGCAAUGGAAGGACUUGAGAAUAAAUAUGAGAUGGAGCUCUCUAGAGAAUGGAGAAUGCUGAAGAAUCGGAAGUUCAUGGGCUCCAUUCUUGACCAGAAUAUCAGAACAAAAUCCAAACCUAUGAUCCAGGAAAUGGACACAAGUUCCUCCCAGUUCACUCCAAGCAAGCCCCUCAUCUCAGAAGUUGAAAGUUCACCAGUAAAACCAGAUUACACAAUUGUGGCAGAACCUCCUGAAGGACACCCCCAUUUUCUGGUGGCUGAAAUCUCCCUACCUAAAGUGUCUUCUAGUCGAUCUCUUGUACUCGACCUGGGUGAAGACAGGAUUCUGUUGGUUGGACGCCCUGAUUUGUAUCAUCUAGACAUCUUCAUUCCUUAUAAUAUAAUCCAAGAGCAAAGUGGGGCCCAGUUCAACAAGGACUCUAAGGUGCUGACUAUCACAAUGCCAGUCCAGCCAGCAUAGCCAUGGGACGCUCCACCGUGGAAACAGCUCCUCCAUAUAGAUCCAGUGGAUCCAACAAGGGUAUUGCUGUUUCAUGACUGUUCACAUCUGUGUCAAGUACUGAAAGGCUGUCGUUUUGGUUUGGACUACACUGCGACACCAGAAUAAAUGUUUGCUUUUUA